AUGCCUCUGCCAAAGCUCAGUCCGCUGCAAUCGCGGCUGGCUGCAUCUCUCAUGGGAUCGAUCAUGCUACUGGUAUUAUAUCUGACUUUCUCAUCCUCUCACUUCGCAUACGCCGCCGACGUUGAUUCGAUACGACCGGAAGAUCAUAAUCACGAGAGGUUAAUGGAUAUGAACAUGUUGGAGCUCGAUAGUGAAGAUGAGGAUAUAAAACUAAGAGCCGAAGGAUACGAGGCAGAAUUUGUAGGAUUUGAUCGGAGCUUGAUUGGAAGGGUUGCAUCGGAGAAUGAUCCCACUCCGUUACUCAACAAUCGCGCGGUCACGACAAACAUUGAACAAGGACAAACGAUGGCUUUUUCGUUCCUGAACUCCUCAUUGUGGGGAGAACUUUCCCCACAGGCAAGCGGUCUGCCUUCUCCUGUUAGGCUUCGGAAAAGAAAUACCGAGUUCGUUGGUCAUAUGGGAGAGGAGGAUCUCGAGAUUUCGGAUGCUGAGUUUCUUGUGGUCGAAGACGGAGAGCAGAAUCUGUUCGAAGAUAGGGAAACAAAUUCCACCAUACGGCCUCGACAAUCGAGCUCCGUGAGUACUAGAACGCUAUAUAUUACGGUCAAUACCUGCACACAACCCGAAGCUAAAGGAGCAAACUUGGAGGCGCCCUCGCAGCUUGGUCUCUACAUAUCACAGUCCGAAAAAAACAAGAAUCCCGGGCCCGGACAAGACGAUAGCUUACAACAGACCUACAAGUUGGAUGGCGGAGCCGCAAUAAUCACCUUGAAUGCUACUGGGGAUGUCUACAUGGGGUUGUCCGGCUCAAAUCUGACCGGAGACUACACAGGCGCGUGGAACGCGCAGAUUGCUGCUUCCAUCGAUGCGCCCUACCAUUAUUACAAUAGCGAUGAAUCCAAUCUCGUCCUUGUGGAUAGCGACAGCGGGUCGGCUCUCCUAGUCACCAACGACCUGACCACGGAUAAUGGUUCGGUAUACGAUGAAUGGGUUAAUCUGACACCACCUUUUACCAUGUUCGCCAGCAAAACGGCCAAUUCUUCCAUGACAGGCUUGCAAUAUUCAUAUUGCGGAUUGGAGAAGAAGGCCGAAAUAGCAGGAACUAUUGAUGGAGGUAAGAGUACCGGCAAGAUUCAAGUGUCGAUGACUACUAGAGGGGAAGGUGAUUAUCCCAAGCAGCAAUUAUACCUCGAUGGGUUGACUGCUGGCACAUCUUACUAUGGAAUUCUCGCAAUGAACGGGAACGCAACUGCACUUGGACGCGAGGGAGUAGGUGGUGGUGGACAAGUAUGGAAAUCCGUGACUUUUUCGACAACCUCAGCUGAUAAUUGCGCCCUCGUGUACAAUCUCACAUUCUGCGACCAGGUCGCCUAUGCAGUUCCAUCAAAUCCCAACACAUUUCCAAACACUUCCGCGCUUGCGGAAUGGUAUGAUAAUUCAACUUACCAGUCUUACAAGUACUUCAAAAAAGCUUUAGCGCAGAUUCCUUGCAACACUACUUCGUCAGCUCAGUACUCGCUCGCUCAGAAUUGCACUACUUGUGAUGCUGCAUAUAAAGCCUGGCUCUGUUCGGUUACCAUACCAAGAUGUACUGAAUUUUCAUCUGAUCUCCCAUGGUUGCAGGAACGUGGUAUGGGACAGCCCUUUCCAAAUCAAACAAUGCUUAGCCCUGAGCUUGUCAGCCUAGCAAAUUCUUCGCUGCCUAUUAACGGUUCUCGGAAUCUAAACAUUGAUACGGUGGUCCAGCCAGGGCCUUAUAAGGAAAUCUUACCCUGUGAGGAUUUAUGCUAUGGAAUUGUCCGUGCCUGCCCGGCAAUCAUGGGCUUCGCGUGCCCUACCUCAGGAGAUACAGGUUUCGAUUCAAGUUAUGGCAUGCGGAGAACGGCAAAUGAAAGCGGGCAAGUUACGUGCAAUUAUCCCGGUGCCGCGCACGAUCAGUCGGUUGGGAGUAGGAGCUCGAUAUCGCAAACAAUGGCAUUUGGAGCGGCAAUGUUGAGUACGGUAUUCAUGUUGAGUGGCAUCUGA